AUGUCCAAUAUAGCUGUUAACUUAGCCAGGAGGAAAGCCAAGACAGAAGGUGAAGGCACUAAUGACAAUGCCAUCCCUUUUAACAAGCAAGACUUCCAGAGCCUUAGGAAAGCUUGUCUGGAAAGUGGAACACUCUUCAGUGAUCCUACAUUCCCUGCUGAUUGGAACUCUCUUGGGUAUAAUGAGUUGGGUCGCUACUCUUUAAAAACUCGGGGCGUGGAGUGGAAAAGACCAAUGGAGUUGUGCUCAAGCCCUCAGUUCAUUGCUGGAGGAGCCACAAGAACUGACAUCUGCCAAGGGGCUUUGGGUGACUGUUGGUUGCUGGCAGCAAUUGCCUCGCUUACCUUGGACAAACAAAUAUUAGCUCGAGUGGUACCCCCAGGGCAGAGCUUUGAGGAGAACUACACUGGGAUUUUUCAUUUCCAGUUUUGGCAGUACGGAGAGUGGGUGGAUGUUGUUAUUGACGAUAGGCUGCCCACAAAAGAGGGGAAACUGCUGUUUGUUCACUCAUCUGAGGGCUCAGAGUUCUGGAGUGCCCUUCUGGAGAAGGCCUAUGCAAAAGUAAACAGUUCCUAUGAGGCCUUGUCUGGGGGCUCCACCAUAGAAGCCUUUGAGGACUUCACUGGUGGUAUCGCUGAGACCUACAACCUUAGCAAAGCCCCUCCACACCUAUUCAAAAUCAUCAAGAAGGCCUUGGGACUGGGUUCCCUUUUGGGCUGCUCCAUUGAUAUAACAAGUUCAUACCAGACAGAGCAAAUUACUCGUCAGAAGCUGGUAAAGGGGCAUGCAUACUCAAUCACUGCAGCAGAAGAGGUACAUGUGCAUGGGACUCCAGUCGAGCUUGUGAGGAUUAGAAACCCAUGGGGUCAUGUGGAGUGGGCAGGUGCCUGGAGUGAUGAUUCCAGAGAAUGGGAUGAAGUUAAGCCAGAGGAGAAAUCCAAGCUUGAACACUCUGCAGAUGAUGGAGAGUUUUGGAUGGCCUACACCGAUUUCUUGAGGCAAUUCUCCAAGCUGGAGAUCUGUAACCUGACUCCAGACACACUGGUCAGUGAUGAGGUGGGUCACUGGAACCAUUACCAGUUUGAAGGGAUUUGGAGUGUAGGCUCUACUGCUGGAGGAUGCAGGAAUCAUCCAGCCACAUUCUGCUCUAACCCCCAGUUUGCCAUUAAAUUGGACGAUCUGGAUGAUGACCCUCAUGAUGGCGAGGAUGGAUGCACCUUCUUGGUGGGUCUCAUGCAAAAAGACACCCGCAAUGAGAGGAUGUUUGGCCGGGACCUCAACACCAUCGGCUUUUCCAUAUACAAGGUUCCUGAUGAGUACAAGGGUCGGACCAACAUCCACUUGGGCCCGGACAUACUGUUAAGACAGAGGUCUGUGGCAAUGAGUAGCACCUUCAUCAAUCUGCGUGAGAUCUGCGACCGCUUUAAGCUCUCACCCGGGGAGUAUAUCAUCAUUCCUUCUACCUUCCAACCGCACAAGAAGGGUCGCUUCAUCCUGCGUGUCUUCACUGAAAAGCCAGCUGCCGCCAGUCCAAUGGAAGAUGAUAUUAAAGUGGAAACUGAAGAGCCUGAUAUUAAAGAGCAUGACGUGGAUCCUCACUUCAAACGAUUAUUCACACAGAUUGCUGGAAAUGAUUCCCAAAUUUCAGCCUUGGAACUGCAACAGAUUUUAAACCAAGUGGUCACUCAGAGAUCUGAUGUCAAAACCGAUGGAUUUAGCCUUGAGUCUUGUCGGAACAUCAUCAGUCUGAUGGAUAGGAAUGGCACUGAAAUGUUGGGUCUUGUUGAGUUUCAUGCUUUGUGGACUAAGAUCCAGAGGUAUUUGGAAAUCUUCAAAAGUAAUGACUCUGACAACACUGGCACGAUGAGCACCCAUGAGCUGAGAGGAGCAUUGAUCGAAGCAGGAUUUCAGCUGAACAGCGAGGUGCUCCAGCUAAUUGUUUCCCGGUACGCUAACUCGGAGUAUGCCAUUGAUAUUGACUGCUUCAUUGGCUGCCUGAUACGAGUGGAAAUGCUAUUCAAAAUGUUCAAAACACUUGAUAUAAAUAACAAGGGGAAGAUCGAACUGGAUGUAUUGCAGUGGCUCUGCCUGGCACUCCAUUAAAGGUCCAGAGAUAAUUAUCUACUAACAUAGAUGAAGACAUAUACAACCUACUUGCAUGUCUGUAUAUUGUCUUUGUGUGUUAUUUUACUGUUUCUUUUAUUAACCAAUCACAGUUGGCAAAAAUAACUUAAAGCUAUACCCCACUAAUCUACAGUUCCAUUUCGGUCCUGUUCUCAAGUAUGUGGUUUAUUUUCUAAUUGUUUAGUAAAAACUCAAAACAUAUCAUUAAGACGGCUGUUGAUCCAUAAUCGGUAUUUGAUCUAGGAUUACAUUGCAAUGCAUGUUCAUAUAAACUGAUGAACUACAUUACUUUGUACAUGAUUUAGCAAUUACGUAAAAUGCAUUUUAGUAUUACUUAAUCUAACUGCAUUUAAUAUAUAAUCACGUAACUGUUUAAUUUGAAAUGUUUGUCUACUACAGAGUUACUACAUUGACAAUAUGUUUGUAAAGUAUAAAGUAAUUAAGCAUGUACAACUUAAACUGAUCAUACUAUUACAAUUUUAUUUUGUCAAUCAGAAAAGAAAACUGUUGUUGACAGGAUCAGAAAUGUGUUGUACUGUAUAAAACAAAUGCAUUCCUUAAUUUGUUUUUAUUGUACACAAGAAAUUCUCUGUGUUUUGACUGAAUAUCAGCACACAUAACCAAGCUUCACAUUGGUGUAAAUGGGAACAUAUACAUCUAUAAUCAUUGUGUUUUUCCAUUGUAUUUACCUUUUCUAAGGUUUCUAAUUUUAUGGCUUACAUAGUUAAAUAAAGAUGGAAUAAUAUGAAAGAAACAUGAACAGUCCCAGUUAAAAUUGUUUAGCUGUCAAAUGCUUCCUAAUGCCAUCAUUAGCACUACAUACAUGUGAUUAAUUCCAGGAAUCUAACUAAUACUGAAAUGUAUCCAAUAUGCAUGAAUACAUUUGUUUCAAUAUUCUUGAAUGAUCAAGAUGCUUUUAAAAACGUAGGGAUCUAUUGCCCAAUUAAGAUAUCAUUAAGAUCUUAAAAUCCAGACAUAUUCAUGCUAUCAGAAGCCCGGCAUCAAAUGUGUUGCUGGUAUCAAAUUCAAAAUGGGCAUGUAUUUUUCUUAGUACUAUUUUCUAUUAAAUA